AUGAAGCCUUGGCUGGAAGACGAUGUCUCAUCCGUGGGGAUUCGCACCAUGGUACAGACAUCCCUGAAACACGAGGAGAUGGGGAUAAGGGUGCCUGUCAAAGUUGAAGAUGUGACUCUGCCAGGAGUGGCUGAAAUUGCAGAUGCGGAGCAAGAAAAUUGGUUACUCACACUGAAUGUGCCCCAUGUGAUCCAACAGAAAGUCAUUCCAGGGUACGCUGGAUUCAUCCCCCGCCUCACCUGGAUCAACGGCGUGAACUACACCCAGGGAGUGAAGGAAGCCAUGAAUGAAUUUGCACGAUAUCAGUUUUUGCAGAGAAACCCAGCCUGCAGCUUUGGCAAGAGAUUUCCCAGAACAUACUGGCCUGAGAACAGAAUUUACACCAGUGCUGGACUGAUCCCUUUCUACGCAGGCUUCGUACCAGACCUCCGCCACACCUACGCGCUCACUUUUGGCAACAGCACCCGCAAAGCUUAUGAGAAAGAACAAAGGAGACGAGCUUGUGCACUGUGA